AUUGUCCUUUAAACGAGGCAGGACUGCCCCUCAGUGACUUGUACAGUGUGAUAAUGGUUUACAUGCUGACAGACUCCGCACAGAGGAAAAGGUUGGUCGGUGGGGGAGGGGUUUUACAAACACACCAGGCAGGAAGAGACCUGCGUGUUAACGUUUUGGCAUAAAGACACGAGAGACCCCUGCGGUGCCGGGGCUCUACCCCUCGAACUGACAGCCAUUACUGUGAGACAGUCGUAAAAAUAUACACAUUAAAUAUCAAACCCCACAGAGACAUUUUCCACCAAACAAGAGCGACCCCCACCCUUCAAGAAACCAGGGUCAAAGUUCACAGGAAGCUGGGGGGCUGCCAUUUUUCCCUGCUACUGCUAACGUUAAACGUUAGAUGCUAAAACGACGGGGAGGGGCGGUUGGUUUCGGAUUUUGUAGCUAGCUGGUAUCAACCGAUCGAAAUCGUUACCCGAAAUCCGUCAUUUCUCCGACUGUCGUCGCUAACAACCAUUGUUAUUGGAUGAAUUCGGCAUGGAGAAGGUAGCGGAGCCGUCUUGGACUUCUUCGUACACCUAUCAGGUGAGCAAGCACAGUGCGGAGAUGCUACACAACCUCAACAUUCAGAGGAAAGAUGGAGGCAGGUUCUGCGAUGUGAUCCUACGCGUCGGCGAGGAGAGCUUCCCCGCACACAAAGCUGUGCUGGCCGCGUGCAGCGAGUAUUUCGAGUCGGUGUUCAGCCGCCAGACGGAGGGCGACGGCAAGGAGCUGGAGAUGCACACCAUCAGCCCCAAAGUUUUUAAAGACGUUUUGGACUUCGCGUACACCUCCAGGAUUGUGGUGCGGCUGGAGUGCUUCCCGGAGUUGAUGACAGCUGCCAAGUUUCUGCUGAUGCGGUCGGUCAUUGAGAUUUGUCAGGAGGUGAUCAAGCAGUCCAACGUACAGAUCCUCGUCCCGACCUCACGGGGAGGAGACGCCAGCCUGUUCCAGGCCACGGGGGCCACGGGGGCCACGGAGCUGGGUUUCCCUGUGGCGCAGCAGGAUCUGGUGAACGGCACGGCGAUGCUGGUGAACGGUCAGAGCUUUGCUAACAAUGCACAGAUGCAUGUGGAUGGCAGCGAAGGCACCGCCACCGUGUUACUGGAGGACGGCGGCGAGUCGUCGAUGCCGAUGCUGGAGCCCGUCGAAGGACUGUCGGUGUCCCCGUCAACGGAAAUACCGGGGAACACGUUUCAGCACGACGCUGGCUCCCCAGGGUCGAAGAGGAACAGGGGGAGACCAAAGAAAGCUGGUGGGGUCGUGGAGCCUGUACACUUUAACCACAGCACCCAGAAAGACAAUGGGCUGUUUCCGUGCGGGACCUGCGGUAAAGCUUUCACGGAGGCUUCCCGGUUGAAGAACCACGAAGCGCAGCACGGAGCCCACAACAACAACAACAACAACAACGUCGGUGACAGCCUGUCAGCAGCGGGCGGCAUUUCCAUAAUGUCUCAGCCCGGGCUGGUGGAGAACGGCGUGCAGCUACACGGAGGGCUGACGCUGGAUAACGGCCGCAAACGGGAGAGGACCAGGCGGCAUGUGGGCUGUGAUAUUUGCGGUAAAGUUUUCCGCGACGUGUACCACCUGAACCGACACAAGCUCUCCCACUCCGGGGAGAAGCCGUACGCGUGCCAUGUGUGCGGGCUCCGGUUCAAACGCAAGGACAGGAUGUCAUACCAUGUGCGGUCCCAUGACGGGUCAGUCGGCAAACCUUAUGUGUGCCAAAGCUGUGGUAAAGGUUUUUCAAGACCAGACCACCUGAAUGGACAUAUCAAACAGGUUCACACAACAGAGAGACCCCACAAGUGCCAGAUUUGUAAUGCCUCUUUUGCCACAAGAGAUCGCCUCCGGUCACACCUUGCAUGCCAUGAGGACAAAAUCCCCUGCAAAGUUUGUGGCAAGUUCCUGCGAGCUGCCUACAUGACGGACCACCUCAAGAAACACAGUGAAGGAACGCAUAACUACUGUGGCAUCUGCAACAAAGGUUUCUCCACUGCGUCCUACCUUAAGGUGCAUAUAAAGACACACCAUGGCUCUCCACUGCCCCCCUCUGCCACAAUUCACACCUUCCCUGAGCCAAGGGGGGAGCUGCAGAUGCACAACGGCACCCCUUACCACAUGGGACGCCAGUGCUCAGUGGAAGACCUAUGCGCCAGUCGCCAGCUGCUUCUCACCUCGUCUGAGGCAGAGGGUCGCUUUCAUGGGCUCACUGGACACCCAGUUCUUCCCCAGCCUGGCCCUCCAGCCUUGGGCCUGCAGCCUGAGCUGCUCUUGGGGAAGGCAGGUGGGGCUCCAUAUUUCUGGGAUUGUCGCUCUGGCGGGGUGCCUGGCUUCCCCGUCCAUGGGCCUGCUGCAGACGGGCAGGAAAACGCUGGGAAGUGUCCUCAUCUGGAGUCAGAAGAAUCAGAUCUUUCAUUUGGGGAACUGUCCAACGGCGACGAGCUUAAAUCUCCACACAAACCUGACGGGCCGGAGCUCGAGAUGCCCUCUCUGGCCUGUAACGGAGCCUCCGCGGGGGCCUUGGGCUCUCCAGAGGGAUCUAAAGCCAAGACGGACCCUGAGAAGAAGUUUACCUGCGGCAUCUGCGGUCAGGCCUUCCGCACCAAGUCCUACCUCAACAAGCACCAGCACAGAGUUCACAAAGCCCAGAAGGCUCAGGGGGUUUCAGGGUCGGGCUUGAAUGAGCUGGCCCCCUCCCUGACCUCUCCCUUCUCCCCUCAACAAAACAUGUCCCUGCUGGAGUCUUUUGGCUUUCAGAUAGUCCAGUCUGCUUUCGCCUCUUCACUGGUGGAUGCUGAGGCGGGUCAGAGUGGAAUCGACUUUGGAGGGAAGUGACACAUUUACUGAAGUUCUUGCAAAGCCUCUCAUUUUUAGGACAAAGCCGGGUUGCCCACAGAAGAUGCUCUGUAUUUGGGAAUAACUUUGCCUCAAGGCUACUCUUUCUGUUUGUUACGUCGCUUAAUGUGUAUCCGAUAUUUUUGUCACAGACUGCCAUACGAUUCCUACUUUUUCUACCUUUUCAGAGUAUGAAAAGUGCGUGCACGGUGUUUAAAUUUUCUUUAUAAAGAAACAACAUGAAGGUUUUAUUUCCUUUAUCUGACGUGGAUCUGUCGAAGUUAUGUUUGGUAUUCCCUCAGUUGUUUUUUGGCUUGUGUGUUAUUGAGCUUUCUUAGCUGCACAAAUGUUUCUUGACAUGAGACGAAUUAUUUACUGCAACCUUAAAACGAGUAGUAAGUAACUACUUAUUGUCCGUUCGCCCACUUUAACUGCUCUGAUGUACCCGGUGAAUUGACCCUCGGCCACUACAGUGAUUUUAAUGCUUCGUAUUCUCCGUUUCCUUGAAGGCUGUAAACAUGUCUUUACCUCAGAGCAACAAGAGGGCUGAAUUCUGUACGUAUGUUGUGUCGGCUUCUUUUGAGAAGGAUUUUGAUUUUCUUAAGGACAGGGAUUUAAAUUGGACUCGGUUUUGAUUGCAGGUUUUCUUUUACUCUGUUAAUUAUUCUGAGAAACAUUCCUAACAAGCCCACGGCAUAUUUCAUAACAUGUUUAUUGUAAUUUUCUUCAGCUUCAUACAGAAAGUGUCGGUUUGCUGGCUACUGAGAAGCACUGACAGCUGUCAAGGACCUGAAAGAACUGCGGUUGAACUUUGAAUUUGAACUGUUACAGCAGCCACACAAAGCUCAUCUGGCACCAAAAACUCUGGCAAAAAAUAACUCAAAACCUCACUGAAGAAAUUUACACCAUGUUGCUUUGUGCAUAAAAGGAGAUUUAUUUCUUGUGCCAGCUUCAUUAGAUAUUAUGGAGACCCUGAAAUCCUGAAUUGGGAACAAGUUACUGUCUUGUUCUCAAAAGAUAUUUAACUUGCGUGCACAAAAAUAUCACCUUUCAGGACAUAAGAGCCUCUGUAAGAUUUAAAUGUAAAAAGUCUGCAAAUUGAUUUAUUAAAACUAAAAACUGUCCUAUCAGAAAUGAGAAAUACCUACAAAAUGUCAGGGGGAACAACUAUAUUUAUAUCUCCAGUAGCACCACAGCUUGCUUUCUUUUAGUUUCUUUUUUAGGUCCAGGUCUUUAAAAAUGUGCAUAUUCCUUCUAGAAGAAGCCUUUUUUCCGUUAUUUAAACAAAGUGGGGGGUGGUGUCAUUCACCAUUAUCGUAAGCAGUUGUGAAUCUUAACCAGAGAGCACUGAUCAGUCCCUCCAGGAUUUCGCAGGCUGUUUUUGGGAUUGUUGCGGCCCUAAAUGUCUGAUUUCGCGGCAGCUUUUCUAUAAAAUUGUGAUGUCUGUCGCAAUGUUUAUUGCAAUGUUUUUGGGUGCAGUGCAGUUGCAAAAACAGUUGUACUGCUGUGACAGAUUUUGAGCUUAUUUAUAUGAGCUUUCAUUGUUUCCCACAGAAUUAGAAUCUUAACUGUGAGUGUAGGGGUGCUGCCAUUUGACGCAGUCCUAAAUUCCCAUCAAGUUCAUCCUUUAGUGCGAUAAUACAAAAUUGCUAAAUCUCCUAAUAACAAGAGAGGGAUCAGUUUGCAAUUUUACUUGUUUUAAAUAGUCAAAUUUGCAGUAAAGUUGCAAUUAUUGGACAACAUUGCGAGGUCACGCAGAAUUUGCAGGGAUUGGCUGAAUUUGCGUCAACAUCACAAAAUCCUGGAGAGAUUGAUUAAUGUGAUAGCUGGAGGGAUUUGUUCUAAAAUGGAGCAGAUCUGUUAGAUUCGAAAAGCUCUAUCAGUUUUUGAUUUGAUGAUUUGUAAAUAUUUUGUAAAAGGAAAAAAAAGAAGGAAGAAUUAAGGAGAGGAAAGCCAUUAUUACUAUGAUCUAUAUCCUGUAUAUCCUGGAAUACUUUUGAAAAUAAUUUUCCCAGGUUCCCACAUUUUUUUAACCUGUAACUGUAUUCUUGGAUCAUGCCCUGAGCCUGUUAGGAAUGAGCUUUGUAUCCCCCCCUAAAAUGAUAAAGUUUCCAAGCCUGGUUUGUUGGGUAUGAAAUCAGUUGUGUACAUUCAACAGGGACCAAGGUCAGGUAUAUUUUCAGUAUAUAUUUUUAGAAACGUAGAUUAUAUUUUAUUAACUUAUUCAUGCCCUCUGUUUUGUGUACAGGUUUUUUUUUAAUUGUCAAACAAAAAUCUUGUGAUUUGCUCGUUUUGAUAUUUUUCACUCUAAAUUAUGUUCAAUGGAGAUGUGUGGGUAUGUGUGUUUGUGUGUUGUGCAGCAACAAAGGGGGGGUUAGAAGAAGGAGCCACACCCUGAUCCACCAGCCUCUGAACCGACCAAACGUAAUGCUUCUUUUACAGAGCCAAGUCAUUACGCUCACUUUAUUUCUUCCUCUUCAUCACCUGCACUUCCUGUGUUGCUCACUCGCCUCCUGUCAGAUUUGCUUGUGCUGUUAGUACAUGACAUGUCUUGUGUUUGCACUAAUGGUCCCUAGUUUUAGAUGCAAGCUUUCCAUCCGAGUGUCUUGCAGUGAAAAUGUGUUUAAUCCAAAAAGACAUUCCUUUGAUGAGAACAGACUUAAUUGAAUGGUUCCUUAAAUCGGUGCACAAUAGGACCCUCACAUCCACCCUGCUGCGCUGCUUAGUUUGAUUUGAAAUCGUGCUCCACUGUAAUGAAAAGGCUUCUACACUGCUGAAAUGGUUUUGUAUUGUAAAGGGAACUCCAGUAUUUUUUAGCCUGCACCCUAUUUUCCCAUGGUUUGUGUCUAAGUGACUCAUGGGAACACUGAUUUCCAGUAUUAAGAGAGAGUGCUGCAGCUGGCAGUGGCGUCACAGGCUGCAGUAUAAACACUCGGGGCAUUUGCACUUUGUCAUGAGUACUUGUGUUUGCCACAGACAGGCUCAAAUUGUUAUUCUGAUUGUCUGACAACAUUACUAAAAAGACCCUACACCUCCUGUACCUUAUGCUUAUUCCUGUCUGUUUUGUGUCCGAGUCUCGCUCAAGGAGAAGUCUCGUUCUGAAAUCUCGAGGACUUUUUUUUUCUUUUGACCAUUGAAAAUCUUUUAGAUACAAGUGCUCUCUGCACUCCAGACCAAAAGAAACGUAAGGUACAGAAAAACAUUUCCUUUCUCUAUAGGGCCCUUUCCCUAAUGUUGUAAGACACAUAAUAACAGUCUGAGCCUGUUAGUGGCUAAAAGCACUAUUAAUGGAUGUAAACCGUCAGGGCGCACCUGCCCCCCGCUGCAGCACUCUCUCAAUACUGGACCAAUGUCAAAAAUUGUUCUUCAUUUGUCACUUAUGCUGGUUUCUUAUAUGAGGUCCAGACAAUACCCGGAGAAUCAGGUCUGGACAUUGUCUGGAGGAGAUUGUCUGUGUCAGAUGCUUUCUCAUUUACUGGAGGUGCUCCAUACAUUAGGUUUAGGCCGGGGUUGACUCCUAAGUCGAUCAUGUAGGAGGCAGGACAUGACGCGAAUAACACCGUGGUCAUGUAGCCAGAUCAUUCAGUGGUCUCUUGCCGUUCCUUGAAUCUGUGUGAAUCUUGUCAUCUCUCCAGUAUGAGAUGUUCGGUGUCGUCUUUUUGUAAAUUACUCUUCUUUUUCACCCUCUGAGUCACACAUGGGGUCAAUUGAACAUUAGGAGGACUUUGUACUAGGGCGCUGGCAAAGUAAACUCUGUUUAAUGUCAAAACCAACUGAUUCAGACAUUGGUGUUCUCACAUCCAGUUCCUCCGGCUAAUGUCUAGAUCAUUUCAGGUUUGCAGUGUAUGUGUGAAAGCGGUUUUAGACACAAAAACAUGGGGAGAAAUAGGUGCAGGUUGAAAAAUAGCGGAGUUCCCCUUUAAAUAAUGCAACAGGAUGUUACUGGGUAGAAGAAGUUGUGUGUGAAGAUCAAUUCUGUGUCACUCUUAAUUUGGUUAAAACUUAACAUAGAACCUUUUCACAAUCAUGACACCCUUCCUUUUAGUCUUGUACAUACUGAAACAAAAUAAGCAAUUGCAGCUCACACAUCAGCUGAUCAACACCUUUCUCAUGUUUUUUCUUGUGUUGUAAAACCUGUAUCAUGUCUCAAAUCAAACCCAGUCCAACAGUCAAGGGGCUAGCAGUGUGUGUGUGGUGAUGGCCUCUGUUAAAAGAAAGUGUACACGUGUGCCAUCUGUGUGAGUGUGUGUGUGUGCGUAUGUGUGCGUUUUUGUGUUUGAUCUGUGUUUCCUGCUUUCUGUUUAAUUAUUAUUUGUGAGUGCUCUAGUCUGUUAAUUCAGUACAUUCCUAUAUUAUUUAUGGUUAUGUUGUGAUUGUAACAAGUGUAUAUACCAUUCAUAUACACAUUCUAUAAAUAUAUAUAUAAAUAUAUAUGAACCAACCAAUAUGAUCAGUGUUUGUCAGUGGUGGUCCUGUACAUAUUUAGAUUUUUUUUUCUUGUCCAUCAUGUGGAGGGAUGUUAAGUUAUGGCCAUUUGAUUGAAAGUGUAAACUGCAUGUUCGGGCAUGCUGAGCUGAGCUGGGUACUGAAUGUCGAUCACUGGUUGGUGGCAGUUUUAGUUUCACUGUUCGCCGUACUGUCACUCUGCUCUGGUAGCGCUCACACUGCCAGCUGCACGACUCACGUCUCUGACCAAGUUUUCCUCCUUUUUUGAUCCACUCUGCACUAGUAUUUACUCCUUAACAGGUGAUAAGGGUUGUUUCUGUUCCUGAUUGUUUAAGAAGAAGUGGAAGAUGCUGUAAGGAAAUAAUGUUGCGUUCGUUCCUCACUGACAUGAUUUUUGUUUCACUCGUGUCGGUACUCAAGGUGUUUUUGUUGAGUAUUUAGGCCUAAAUGUUUUUUUUUUGUUGUUGUUGUUGUUUUUUGCUUUCUGCUUUUGGUCUGUUGCAAAGUGCCUUCCAAAUACUGAUUGUGCACAGCAGUGGAUUAAAAAAGGUCCUCUUUUCUAAAGGUUAAGAAUUGUACAGAGUGACUUGCAUUGACACUUUUGUAUAAAAAACACACACAGAAAAAUGUACAAUAUGUUAACUUGGUAUUUUAUCAUCGUACUCAACAAGAUUGCUCUUAAGACAUGUGAGCUACAUGUUUUGUUAUAACGUCUUUGGACAUAUUUCAAUAUAAGCAUACUUUUCUAUAGAUAUUUGUUUUUGUACUCUGUUAUUGAGUCUCAUCUCUCUUGUUGGUACAGAGAUGAGCAACAAAUAAAUUGCAAUUGAAAAAGCUCAA